AGUCUGGGAAAGAGUGUACAGCGGUAACCCGAGUGAAAAUUCAACAUGGCGUUCCACGUUCCCCGUUCUCCGUUCCCCGUUACCAGUUUUAGUAACAUCCAAUAUAAUUCGACGUCGAUAGCUUUGACAGUGUCACUUAUGGUACUUUGAAACGUAAAUAAAAGCUUUCUGGUGCGGCAUGUUCGACGUUCGAUUCCGUGAUCCCAUCGAAAGGAUCCCUGUCGCGUAAAUUACUCAUGGCCCUUGAGCCGUGCUAACCCUGCAUGGCAAGGCUGGUUUUCCUUGAGGCAGUGAAUAUUAGAAUAGGGGCGCAGAUUAGACUGGAGGCGCUUAUGCCUUUUUGCGUGAUACCUAUUAGCGUUGUGCCUUUAAGGGUAAUUGGUAAUGCCUUUUCGCGUGAUACCUUUUUGCGUGAUGCCUUUCUGAGUGAUGCCUUUUUGCGUGACGCCUUUAAGCGCGAUGUCUGUUUGCGUAAUGGCUAUUGAUUACCGUUGAAUUAUUUGAUAUGAAUUACUGAGUAUUGAAUUUUGUCAAGAUGGCUCAACCUCUUUACUUGUAUCCUGAAGCGUAUUCUCGCUCAUUUCAAUGUUUUCUGGAUUCAACGUACCAACGGGAGAAAUCCAUUUUAAAAUGCAUAGAAGAGCACAUUGUUCCUGUAAUCAAGACCGGAGUAUGCAAGCUUCUAGAGGAACACUCGUUUAACGAAUCGCCGUUUCGUGUUCUCAGUGUUGGGAGCGGCGAGGGUGGAAAUGACAUUAACCUUUUAGAAGCACUCAGCAAGAUUCCUCCAAACGAGGGGAAAGCAAUGUCAAUGGUCAACCGUGUAGUUGAACAAAAUGCAGACAGGCUCGCAGCAUUCCGCGCAAAAGCGCCAAAUCUUCGCGCCCAUUUCAAGGGACGAGCAAAUGUUGACUUCGAGUGGAUUCCGAUGACCUUCCAAGAAUAUUCCUCCCAAAAGAGAGCAGAUGAUGGCAAAUUCGAUGUGGUUCAUUUCAUCCACAGCAUCUACUACCUUGGAGUCGAAGAUGUGCUGGUUCAUUGUUACGAGAAAGAGCUUGGACGGCAAGGCAUUUUAAUAUCUAUCACCGAAUCCGAGGCCUCGCCUAUUUGCAAAUACGCUGAGAAAUUUGGCGAUCGAUUGAUAAAUUCAAUGACCAGGAAUAACAAUGUUGUUGAUGUGGCAAGAGAGAAAGGAUGGAAAUAUUUUGUAUGCUCCGGCGAUUUUAAAAGCCUCGAUAUCACUUCAAUUUUCAAUAGCUCGUCGCUCGAAGGAAAUGCUCUCUUAGAUUUCCUUACAUACAGGAUGAGCGUCCGACAAAAUGAGAAUAGUGAAACAGUCGACAAAAUGUUAAAGUUUUGGGAGGAAGAAUCGUCUAUCAGUGAGCAAGGUAAGAGAGUUGUGGAACUUGGAGACAAUGCAGUCAUCAUCGUAAAAGGGUUUGGGAGUUAACACAAUGGACAGCACGCAAAUUUAACAUGUUUAUUGCAGGCUUUUUGCGUUGCGUAACAUUAAUGAUGCGAAUGUGAGCUAUUUUAAUGUGAAAAGAUGACCUUUAAUAUGGUAGCUGUUAUCAAUCAGCGGCUGUUAUGUCAAAAAAGGUCAGAUUAUAUUUCAUUUCGUGACUCAUACAAUGAAAUUGUCACGUAGCGUUUUCGUGACUGAGUAAGUUUCAGGCGUAGAGAUCGAACGUAGCGAAGAACACACGAACAGAUUAAUUUACUUGACACGAAUCGUACCCGAGAAAGUUUAAAUAUAUAGUUUUCUUAUUUCAGGUUAUUGGUCAAAUAAUUUUGUAUUCACGUCCAUUUAAGAAGAGC